CUGAAUCUUUUCUCGAAUACUCGGGAGGGGAAAACGCGACGAUUUCCGGAAAGACCGAGAAAAUCCCGAACGUCAGCCAGUUGAGAGACGGCUCCCGUUCGAUACAGCAGAAGAAAAUACUAAAUCGGUGUUUAAUCGAUUAUCGAAAAAAAAAAAUAGUGUUUAAGAAAAAUCCUGGUAUUUUCGAGUCCUCCAAUUCGAGCCAGUUCAGUUGAAGCAAUAAAAAGCUUCUUCAAAGUGGAAGAACUCCGGACGUACGAAUAGUGAGGAGAGAAAUCAUCGAAGGGUUUCCUCCAUCACGUUAGAAAUUUCGAAAUAGAUUGAAGACCGACAGUGGUAGUAAAAAAUAAGAGAACACGACGAAUCGUCAAAAGAUGCCGGGUGCAGGAGGUCAGCAACCUCAGAGGACGACUUUCAGACCUCCCUGGGUCAAGGAUGGUCCAAAUCCGUUACCCAUGCCUGCUGCCCCAUGGACCCUCAAUUCCAGACGAGAAUCAAAAACAACUACCGAAGAACCACCAGCUUUCACUAAAGUCACACUCAAGAGUGUGCCAAAACCGGUGGAAUCGAUGGCCCCUCAACCGAAAGCAGCUUCGCCACCUCCGGCAAGGAAACAGAGUAAAAUAACGAUAAUUCCUUCGCAACCGAAGAACGAGAGGGUGGAAAAGAGUGAAAAAGUCGAAAAAAGUGGCAAAUCCGGAAGUUCUGCGCCAGGAAAAACUGGAGAAAAUGGACGGACCGUUUCGACCUCUCAAAGACCUCAACAACUCGAGCGUCAAAUGCGAGUAGAAAAGUCACGGUCAAGGGGUGAGAACAUACCGCUCUCAAAGAGCGAAAGUACAACAGGUGCACCGACGCUCUCGAAGAGCUCCUCGAGGGCUGCAAUACCGCCUCCGCCACCGCCGAGGCCACCUCCACCACCACCCGGUAGAACAAUCCUCAAGGAUCUACCUGCACUCACCGAAACACAACAAAAAACCCUCGAGAUGCUCAAAUCGAGACCGAGGAAACGUCCUGAUUGGGCGUGCAUGAUGAAGGAAGUCGAGAGUGGAAAAAGGCUCAAACAUGUACAGUGCAACGACAGAAGUGCUCCACUUAUCGAGAGAGUCAACAAAGUCACCGCCGAUUCGGCAGGCAAAGCCCACUUCGUCUUCGAGUCGGAAAAGUCGAAUAUGCACAAUCAGCUGCUGAAACAAAUUCAGUCGGGCGUGAAGUUGAAGUCGGUGAAAACAAACGAUCGUUCGAGACCGGUGCUCGAGGGUUUGAGGAAAUUCAGACGACAAUUGACGAUUGAGGAACAGAUGCAAAAAGCGGAAAAAGCCUCGGUCGAUGAGGUCGUACCGGACGAGUUGGAUGACAUUGACGCCGUGCGCGACGACCUUCAAAGUACCAAACAAAUGCUCGCUCUUGAGCUGAGGAACAAGGAGGCGCUUGAGAGAGACAACAAGAGAUUACAGGCACGAAUUCUCAACCUCGAGGUCGAAGUUGAAAGAGCAAAGUCGCAGCAGAACGUUCAGGAACACAAACAACAGGACGAAAAGUUGGCUGAGUCGUUGAAAAGAGAGGCCGAACAGGCGAGGAAAGACGCUGAGAGAUUGGAAAAAGAUUUCGCGCGUGUUGCCGACGAGAGGGACGAGGCGAAAAACGAGCUCGAGGAAUUGAAGAGGAUGUACGCUGCUCUCGAAAGGCGCAUGAAGGCCGAAUAUUGGGAGAGCGUAGACGUCGGAGAGCCGAUAAUACUGUUUCCGGAUGAGAACGUCGACGCAUCGUGGUACGAUGUUUCAGGAAUGGCGCUUGCCGGGUGUCCCAGUGCUAAGGACGUCGCGAGAAUCGCAUCGCAAAAGAGUUUAGACAAGGCUGACAAAAGCCAAACUGGUCCGCAAGGUCAGGACGAGGAAGAGGAGGAGGAGGAAGAAGAAAGUACCGAGGACGAGGACGAAGAGGAGGACUCCGAAGCCGCUGCUGAAAAACGCCUCGUUCGGGAAUUCAAAUUGCUCAAAACAAAAAUAAAAAAUUUCAAGGACAAGGCUGUCAAUGCAAAGAAGGAAAGACACGCCUUGAGGGAGCAAAUAAAACAACAAAAUAAGUUGUUGAAGGAGGAAAAAAAGAAGUUCAAACACUUGCAAAAGGAGGUCGAUAAAAUGGCGAAACUCAUGGGAGACACUGACGACGACGAGGAGGAAGAACACGAAGAAAACGAACAGGAAGAGGAAGAUGACGACGAAGAAACAGAAUCGGAGGAAGAGUCCGAAACCGACGAAUCCGAACUCGAUGACGUAUGGGAUUCCGACGACGAAGACGAUCCGCCAGAGAAACGUCGUGUCAAAUUACAGGGAACGGUGAAAAAACACGAAGGGAGACUGGCUGCGCUGAAAAAGGGCAAUUAUUUGUUAAAAGCACAAGUGGACCGGCUGAAGGAUGAUUUGAUAAAGCAGAGGGAGGAGAGUAUUUCACUGCAGGAAGAUCUGGAUUCUGUCCUAGCAGAGCUCGGCUGAUGAGUUUUAAAACAUUCAAUUUGCUAUAGUUAAAUACAACAAAUACUAUUCAACUAUUCUCCCACACAUAUACACCAACACCGAAUUAUGGAUAAAAAUAAGCGUUUAUAUUUAUAUAUAUAGUACACGAAUUACACACGAGUCGAGAAACGAUGGACGAGAAUAAACUCCAAACGAAAAAUAAAAAAACUAGAUUAAAUUCUAUUUCGAAAUGUGUAAUUCUGAUGUGAUCUUCCGUUUGAAUGAAUUUCGAAGAAAUAUUAGCAAUGGAGCAGUUUUAAAUUCUACCGAAUAAAAAGUCAUCGUUUCGUGGCUAACCAUUAUUAGGAAUUGUCAAUUAAAAAUAAUACUCGAUUAUUUCGAGGACACUUCAUCGCAAGUCUAAUGUAUAAGAUUUUUUAAAAUAAAUACUACAAUUAUAUAUGGAA